AUGGCUUUUCCAACGCAAAACCAGCCUAAAGUGGAGGCCACGGUUAGAACCCAGAAUGUUGAUAAUAGUCCUACACAUCAAGCUCAAGAUGAAGAAGAAGAGCAAAAUUACAGUUAUUACUCUUCUUCAAUAGGUACAAUUGUGGCUUUGAAUGAGCCUCAAACUCAUCACAUUGCCCAAAAAUACCCACCAGGGUAUAGGUUCUGUCCCUUUGACCACGAGCUCAUCCAUUACUUGAAGUUGAAGGUCGCGGAUCAGCCAUUACCAGAUGAUAUGUUCAAGGAUGUCAAUCUUUAUAGUCAUAAUCCUGAUUAUUUUACAGAAAGGCACGGACCAUUAGGAGAGAGGGAGUGGUACUUCUUCACACCAAGGGAUCGAAAGUAUCUGAAGGGAAGUCGGCCAAGCAGAAAAGCCGGUUAUGGUUAUUGGAAGGCCACAGGAGCGGAUAAGCCAAUCAAGUUAAACGGUAACACCAUCGGAUACAAGAAGUCAUUGGUUUUCUAUCUCGGCAAACCACCAAAGGGUGACAAGACCGAUUGGAUUAUGCAUGAGUUUAGACUGAAUGCCCCUCCGAGAAGGCGAAAGAAUGCGAAUGACAUGAGGCUGGAUGAUUGGGUUCUAUGCAGGGUUUAUAAGAAACAUAGGAAAUCGAACAAAGCCAAACAAGAUCAUCCUGAUGAUCUGAAUAAUUAUUCUGUUCCAGCAGUAGCAUUGUCAGACGAGAAUGCUCCGUGUGUUAAUAAUGACAACAAUGUCGCGGAAAUGAAUUGGGACUAUAACAAUAGCAUUGGAGAGUCGAAUCAAUUAAUUAUUAACUCAUGCAAUGACUUCUUUGGCUCAGCUUCCCUAGAUGAACUCGGAAUGCAUCAUUUUACUGAUCCCUAUCCAACAAGUAGUCACACUCAAUCACCUUUCCAAAAUGAAUUCCUCCAAACCCCACCUCAGUUUACCGAUUACGCUAGUCUCCCAAAUUUCUCCAUGCCUCCUCAGCAACCAACAACAAGUUUCAAUUCUGGGUCUAGGGCAAAUGCCUCAACCAUACCUUUCAUGUCAAGGUACAGGGAAAAAGAAGAGAAUGGUUGGGAUUCUAGGACAAGAAAGCCCCAAGAGGACGAUGCAUGGAGCUUUGGAAAAUUGCACAAACAUGUUGGUUUGAAUGAUUUUGCCUUUUCCAACUAUGUGGAUCCUUAUCCAAGUGUGGACAAUCUUCAACUCAACAAUGCCCCAGGUAGUCCUUCAUUGCCAAAGUCAAUGUGA